AUGUUUGUACUCGACUCCCUGUGGCUGGACGGUGAUGUAGAUGCCGGAUUCGUCGAACGCAACGGUCUCGAGGUUGCACCGUUGUGCGGACUCGAAAUCAAGUAUGCUCGACACACUCACGUUAACUGGCGACGCAGAGCCAGCACUGGACAGUUCCAGCCGAACCAGUCCCAGAGUCUCUAUUUGUCUAUGUGCAAUCACCGACACGUUGACAUCAAUACGGUCGAGCCAGGUGUAGCUGGUCGACACUGUGCCGGUCCACAUGUCCAGGUUCUGCUGAUAGUUGGUAAUGUUAUGGGUGGUGCUAUUUCCGUUUUCCAAAAGUUCCGGGAAGUUUGUUCCGGUGGUAUUCUUUUGGGCGUCGUAGAAACCAGCAAUAAAGGCUCCCGAGUAGCGUGGGUUGAACAAGGGCCAUCCAUUGCUAAGAUCGGAGCUUGUGAGGUUUUCGUUUUGGUCAUAAGUGAAACCAAAGCCAACGUUAGGAAUACGUGCUCCAAUGUACCCGUUGGAGACGUACGGCUGGUUGACGUACUUGUUGUAAGGAACGAACUUGGAGGUGCCCAGGACCCUCUGUUCCUUGUAAUAGUGGGAUUGAGUGGUGUCGUCGCUGGUUGCCAAAUCGGUAACGCAUGCUGGGAACUGUACUCGAUGGAACAUGGAAUCACUCCAGACGGAUUCCUUCAAGAAGGUCUGACCAGACCAAAAGGUGGCGAAGAGGGAUUUUCCACAUUCUUUGCAGAGACCGGUGCUGGUAAAUACGUUCCAAGAGCUUUGUAUGUUGAUUUGGAACCUAAUGUUGUUGACGAAGUGAGGACCGGAAAAUACAAGAACCUGUUCCACCCUGAACAACUCAUCACAGGUAAAGAAGACGCUGCCAACAACUAUGCCAGAGGUCACUACACCGUGGGAAGAGAAUUAUUGGACGACAUUAGCGACAGAUUGAGAAAGAUGACCGACCAAUGUGACGGUUUGCAAGGUUUCUUGUUCACACACUCGCUUGGAGGUGGUACCGGUUCCGGAUUGGGAUCGCUGCUUUUGGAACAAUUCUCCAACGAUUACGGUAAGAAGUCCAAGCUCGAGUUUGCAGUUUACCCUGCUCCUCAAGUGUCUACUUCUGUUGUUGAGCCUUACAACACUGUUUUGACCACCCACACCACUUUGGAGAACGCUGACUGUACCUUCAUGGUCGAUAACGAGGCCAUUUACGAAAUGUGCCGUAAGAACCUCAACAUUGCCAGACCAAGCUUCAACAACCUCAACAACUUGAUUGCCCAGGUUGUUUCUUCCGUGACGGCAUCCUUGAGAUUCGACGGUUCUUUGAACGUUGACCUGAACGAGUUCCAGACCAACCUGGUGCCAUACCCAAGAAUCCACUUCCCAUUGGUCUCGUACGCCCCAGUGAUGUCCAAGUCCAGAAUGACCCACGAGGCCAACUCCGUUUCCGAAAUCACUGCUGCUUGUUUCGAGCCAGGCAACCAGAUGGUCAAGUGCGACCCAAGACUUGGUAAGUACAUGGCUACAUGUCUGCUUUACAGAGGUGACGUUGUCAACAGAGACGUUCAGAACGCCGUUUCGGUGAUCAAGUCGAAGAAGACUGUGCAACUGGUUGACUGGUGUCCAACGGGAUUCAAGAUUGGUAUUUGCUACCAAAAGCCAACCCAGACCCCAGAGUCUGAGCUUGCUGACGUGAGCAGAGCUGUCUGUAUGCUGUCCAACACCACUGCCAUUGCCGAUGCUUGGCAGAAGAUUGACAGAAAGUUCGACUUGAUGUACAAGAAGAGAGCUUUUGUCCACUGGUAUGUCAGUGAGGGAAUGGAGGAAGGAGAGUUUGCCGAGGCCAGAGAGGAUCUUGCAGCUUUGGAGAGAGACUAUGUUGAGCUUGGAGCAGACACUUUCCCGGACGAGGACGAGGAGUACUAA